CUGUGACAGUCUUAGUGCCAGCGGUGCCCUCCUGAAUCGGGCAUUUGCCCAUGAGACAACAGCCCCUUGAGGUCAGGGUUGUCGUAUAAGCGAUAAAGUCCGAGGAAGUCAACGAAACUUUUGAAAGUGCCAGUAAGUAAGAUGGCGAGAAGGGCAAGAGAGAGUGAGUCCGAUCGAUAGCGUCGUGCUCGGCUUGGAACCCUUUGCGCGUGCGCAGUCAACGUGCGCUCGGAACGCUCGAUUGGGCAGGCUUCGCGCCUCCAUUUUUCUAGGAGAGAGCGGGAGACCGAGAGCGCGGGACCAGCUGGUACCGGGAUCCGGGGAGAGUGGUUGGUGCGGUCGGCCGGGGCCUUUAGAGGACCACAGGAAGGGCUGGGGCGAGGCGGGAAGAGGGGCGAGUUAGCGGGGUGGCAGUGUUUUCCUCUUCUCCAAGAUGUACAGAACCAAAGUGGGCUUGAAGGACCGCCAGCAGCUCUACAAGCUGAUCAUUAGCCAGCUGCUCUACGAUGGCUACAUCAGCAUUGCUAAUGGCCUCAUCAAUGAAAUUAAGCCGCAGUCUGUCUGUGCACCCUCCGAGCAGCUCCUGCAUCUCAUCAAACUAGGAAUGGAAAAUGAUGAUACUGCAGUUCAGUAUGCAAUUGGUCGUUCAGAUACAGUUGCCCCUGGCACAGGGAUUGACCUGGAGUUUGAUGCAGAUGUCCAGACAAUGUCCCCAGAGGCUUCCGAGUACGAAACGUGCUAUGUCACGUCCCAUAAAGGACCAUGCCGUGUAGCUACCUACAGUAGAGAUGGGCAGUUAAUAGCUACUGGGUCAGCUGAUGCUUCCAUAAAGAUACUUGACACAGAGAGAAUGUUGGCCAAAAGUGCCAUGCCAAUAGAGGUCAUGAUGAAUGAGACUGCACAACAGAAUAUGGAAAACCACCCAGUGAUUCGAACUCUUUAUGACCACGUGGAUGAAGUCACAUGUCUUGCUUUCCACCCAACAGAACAGAUCCUGGCUUCUGGGUCAAGGGAUUAUACUCUUAAAUUAUUUGAUUAUUCCAAACCAUCCGCAAAAAGAGCCUUCAAAUACAUCCAGGAGGCUGAAAUGUUACGCUCCAUCUCUUUUCAUCCCUCUGGAGACUUUAUACUUGUUGGAACUCAGCAUCCUACUCUUCGCCUUUAUGACAUCAACACCUUUCAGUGUUUUGUCUCUUGCAAUCCUCAAGAUCAACACACUGAUGCAAUAUGUUCCGUGAAUUACAAUCCUAGUGCCAAUAUGUAUGUAACUGGAAGCAAGGACGGCUGCAUCAAAUUAUGGGAUGGUGUUUCAAAUCGAUGUAUCACAACUUUUGAGAAAGCACAUGAUGGUGCUGAAGUUUGUUCUGCAAUUUUUUCCAAAAAUUCUAAAUAUAUUCUCUCAAGUGGAAAAGACUCUGUAGCUAAACUUUGGGAAAUAUCAACAGGAAGAACACUGGUCAGAUACACGGGUGCGGGUCUGAGUGGACGGCAGGUGCACCGGACACAGGCCGUGUUUAACCACACCGAGGACUACGUGUUACUGCCUGAUGAAAGGACAAUCAGUCUAUGCUGCUGGGACUCAAGGACGGCUGAGCGAAGAAACCUGCUCUCCCUGGGGCACAACAACAUCGUGCGCUGCAUCGUGCACUCGCCCACCAACCCUGGAUUCAUGACUUGCAGCGAUGACUUCAGAGCACGGUUUUGGUACCGGAGGUCAACCACCGACUGAGCCCUUCACGACAGGGUUCUCUCUCAAGGACUCUGCCCGCCUUUCCCUUUGUCUUGUCACCAGCUUCAGGUGUGAGUCAGCGCACCAUUUUUGGCAGUUGUGCUGCUACCUCUGUCUCCAUCCUUCUUGGAUUUGUACAAAAGAAUCUUUUUUUACCUUGAUGUAGAAUCAUGGUGGAAAAAGUUGGAAACGCAGAUCUGUGCAUUUGCUUGCAUUCACUGAUUAUUACAGUGUGAUUUUCAUCGGUUUUGUAAAUACAGGACUUGCCAUUUCUCUUGAAUCUCUUGGUCGUUUGAAGAAGGAGAGACAAUUAAAAUGCUUUUGUCACCAGGAA